AGACAGACAGGCAGGCAGCACUAGAGGAGCGGUGGAAGGCUACAAAUGCAGUCUCUCUAUUUAAUUUCCCGAUGCAUCCCCCUUUCAGUACGCGUGGGCUCCCGGUAAUGUAAUCCGUGCGUAACCGUGGCGCAUUUUCCCGCAGCAGAGCGCCGUACACCGUGUGGAGAAAACGCGUUGGCCCGUUCGUUCGUUCUUUCGUUCGUUCUUUCGUUCGCUCGGUGUCACGGUCGCUAACACUCCUCCUUCGCCUUGCUAAUCAGUGCGGCCACUCUCCGGAGAGCGCGCGCAGGCAGGCAGUCAGCAGCAGCGGUGUGUGCGCGUUCACAAGGCUUAUGGGCGGGGACAGGCUACGUACGUAAUGACGGCACGGCGGCGACGUAAGAGAGACAACCCGGAAGUGCUGAAGCCAUGUAAACAACCCAGUAACUGCUCGCGCCGCAUUUUCACACAAUUACUCAGGCGUGAUUACACCCUGGCCGCUGCGUGUGGCUCGUGUACACUUUUGUAAAACUGCGCACGCGUCGCCUUCACACUGACAAGUAUUCGCACAAUGUAAGUAACGCAAAGUAAUAAUAAUAAUAAUAAUAGAUGUCAGGACGCAGUGAGCACUCUCCUGUCAGUUGUCAAAACUACACCUCUGAGUCUUGAGUACUAUUUUUACUGCCGGGUAGAUUCGCAAACAAACAUCAUAUUUGUGGCGUAGUGGUUUUUGUGGAAAUAGUUUCUGGUCCAGUAGGUGGCAGUGUUGGUUACAGUUCGUGAGAUUAUCAGGAGAAGCAGCGGCAGUUUACGGUAGUGUGUGGUGUGUGCGCUGCCAGGAGAGCACGGCUUUUCUCAUGCGCUUUUCCAAUCUCCUGUCAUCUGAAUGCGCCUGUGUAAGGCAUUGUUGUGGUGACGUGGGAGCAUGGACCCGGUGGUGUUGAGCUUUCAGGAUAGCCUGCUGCGGCGCUCAGACUUGGCUCUACUGGAAGGACCCUACUGGCUCAACGACCAGGUCAUCGGCUUUGCCUUUGAGUACUUCUCUGCAGAGCGCUUCCCAAAUCUGAAGGACUCCAUUGCAUUCAUCAGCCCAGAGGUGACCCAGUUCAUCAAAUGUGCUUCCUGUUCGGAGGAGCUGGCUCUGUUCCUGGAGCCGUUGGGACUGUCCUCUCGCAGAUGGGUCUUCCUGGCUGUCAACGAUAACUCCAACCAAACAGCAGGGGGCACACACUGGAGCCUCCUGGUAUAUCAACGCAGCUCCCACCGUUUUGCCCACUAUGACUCUCAGAACGGCAGUAACUCAGGGCACGCGCGCCGCAUCGCUCACAAGCUGGAGCCGUUCGUGGGUGCUGGGCGGAGGGCUGUGUUUGUGGAGGAACAGUGCCCCUCGCAGCAGAACAGCUACGACUGCGGCAUGUAUGUCAUUUGUAUCAGUGAGGCUUUGUGUGAGAGCAUUAGAGCCGAGGCCAGCCCGCGCCUCUCUGAGACCAGCAUUACCCCGGCGUACAUAACCCGGAAGAGGGCCGAGUGGUGCCGACUCAUCCACAGUCUGGCCUUUCGAUAACUUCUAACGACCUUUGGCCAAAGCGCAAACUCCUUCACACAAAACCUGAUGUACUUUAGGGAUGUAACAAUAACUGAAAUAUUGUGACACUGUAUCGUCAAAAGUCUCACAAUAAUAUUGUGGGCAGUUGCAAUAUAUCCAAUUAAGUGUCUUUGCUAAAUUUCAUUGUUAUGGUGCAGCAGCUAAAAACUACAUAGGCUAUGAUCUUUUGCUCCAUUUCAGUGAAGAAAUAACUGUUAUUUAGCACUUUUAAAUCUUAAUUCUUUGGAUUAUGACAGAACCAAAGGCUUGUCAAGGCAUUUUCAAAGGGAAAAAUGUAGCAUAUUCACAUUUUUAGCUUCCACUAAAUAUCGCAAUAACUAUUGUACCGUGAGCGAGAUUGGGAUAUUGUUACAUCCCCAAUGUAUUUAACAAAUCUCCUUAUACAGCUGUCUCUAUAUAACUCCACUAUAUAAGUCGAACUACACGCUCAUAAGUCUUGAGGGAUUCCUCUGACAGUAACUGUGACGUUAUCCCUCAUAGUAUAUGCACAUUUACACUGCCAGUCGAAAGUUUGGACACACUUUUAAUUUAUUUCUAUGAUUAUUAACACUGAGAUUCUCACUGAAAACAUCAAAAUUAUGAAUGACAUAUAUAGAAUGUAGUAAACAAACAAUAAACUAAAAAUGACUCAAAACUUGUUUAAGAUAUAAAAAAUAAAUACAAACUUUGAACCCUGGUUUGCACUUUUGGCACACCUGUGAAGUGAAAACCAUUUCAGAAGCAGGUUUAGUCCAAACUUUGUUAACCCUGAAAAGAGGUGAACUCAGUUUUCAUUUUCACAGAGAGAGAUAACAUAAACCAUGAGUCAGUCACCAUGGCAACUCACUCUGUGAACCUAACCUGGUCCAGAGCGGAUUUUAUUCCUCUAACAGAGUUUAACCAGAGUCUGCUCCAGAAGGAGAGCUCUGAUUGGACAGUUCACUUCCCCAUUAACAGAAGUAGGAACAGGUUUUAUUUCAGUUUCUAUCACUUAACACAACUCUGAGUCAGGAAUUAAACUCAAGGUUAAUUCAAACUGCUUUGUGAAGUAGGGUCUUCAUCAUGAAAGUUUGAGAGAAAGCGAAGGAUUUACAGCACUGUCGACAAAACAGAGGGUGCAGGGGGGGAUUAUUCAUCUUUUUUUUCUUUACUACAUUAAUCUUGUUUCAUAUAUUUGAUGUUUUCCCUAUGUAUAUAACAUAUAGAAAGUAAUAAAGAAAAAAGAUUGAAUGAGAAGAUAUGUCCAAACUUUUCUCUGGUAGUGUACAGUAUUUAACCGACACCAGCAUGCCUACUGAUGAGUAUUUAAAGUACACAUGAACAGCCCAAAUGUCACAGAGGACCGUCUUUCUAUCCAUGAGUUGAGUUUGGGGUGAAUAUAGACAUGUUUACACAGAUCUGCUCAGGGUCGCUCAGUAUGAACCGGACUGACAGACUGAGAAUGUACUUCAUGGGCUCCUGGUCUGGUCUCCAGCUUUGGUCAUGGUUCUGUUCAGCCAUAAAUACCAGUAUGAGUGUAAUAGUGUAACUGAGAACGCUGAAUGCCUCACGUGAAAAUAAAGGAAUGUGGACAUUUUUGA